GAGUGAGUGUGUAUUGGUGUAGAUACUACGAGAAACUGCAGUGUAAAAGAACGAAGCGCCCGGCAACAAGACAACAAUAACAAUAACAACAAUAACAAAGGCCAACUUUCUAACGCUGCCUUCAGCCGCAUUAAACAUUUUAAUGAAUUUCGAAGCGCGUAAAACAUAAAUAAAUAAAAACAAAAACAAAAAGGAAAAGGAAAACAACAGAACCAUUAAAAAGCUUCAAUCACAGCGCAAAUCUGUUCAUGUGUGCCCAAAGAAAACAAAAAGAAAUUAAAUAAACAGCGAAGAGAAAGAAAAUAAAUCGGGCAAAAAAAAAAACACCAGCGAAAUUCGGCGUUUAAAACACACACAUAAAAAAUGUAAUGGAAAGCAUUAGUGCUCAUAAAAAAUGGAUUUACACAGCCUUUUUAAGGCUGUCCUGAUCCUGUACAUCAUCCGAGCUGAGACGAGCUACAUAGUUAAUGGCUUGGAUCUGCAGGGACCGAUAUUUCUGCACGAGCCGCCGCAUCGCGUUGAGUUCUCCAACAAUUCCGGCGGCCUCAUAGAAUGUUCCGGCCAUGGCAGCCCACCGCCCGAGGUGGAAUGGACGCCCAUACCGCCGCAGCAGGACAUGGUAUUUCAGCUGUCCAAUGGCAGCAUGAUGUUUUAUCCAUUUACAGCCGAAAAAUAUCGACACGAGGUCCACGCCACGGUCUACAGAUGCAAACUGCGCAAUCUGGUCGGCACGGUGCUCAGCCGGGAGGUGCACGUGCGCGGCGUUGUCAACCAGAAGUACACGGUGCAGGUGCACGACGAAUACGUGAUGACGGGCAACACGGCGGUGCUGAAAUGUCAGGUGCCCAGCUACAUGUCGGAAUUUGUAAUGGUCACCGCCUGGGUGCAGGACACGGGCAUGCAUCUGUAUCCAAACACGGACAUUGGCGGCAAGUACACGGUCCUAUCCAAUGGCGAAUUGUACAUAAAUAAUGCGGGGCCCAAUGAUGCGUACAAAAGCUACACAUGCCGCACUGUAAAUAGACUGACAGGUGAAAUACAAAUUUCGACAUAUCCCGGCCGCAUUAUUGUCACAGAGCCCAAGGGCAUGGUACAGCCGCGCAUUAACGUCGAGAAGCAUUCGAUGCGGCAUGUCGUCCUUAAUGGCCAAACAACGUUGCCGUGCAUUGCUCAAGGACAUCCGGUGCCGACAUAUCGCUGGUUCAAGGAGGAGAACGAGCAGCUGCUGCCGCUGCAGCUCAGCGAACGCAUAACCAUUGUAUCUGCGGGUCUGUUGAAAAUCACCAAGGCCCGUCUCGAGGACAGCGGCAAAUAUCUGUGCUGGGUCAAUAAUACGGCGGGCGAGGAGACCAUCCAAGUGUCGCUCACGGUGACAGCUCCGUUGACCGCACAUCUGCAGCCGCAGGUGCAGACCGUUGAUGUGGACAAGGAUGCACAAUUCCAAUGCAUUGUCUCUGGCCAUCCCGUGCACGAUGUCAACUGGCUGCACGACGGCAAGCCCAUAUUGCGCGACAAUCGCGUCGAGAUACUCACCGAUCCGGCGCGUCUGAUCAUCAAGAAGGUGCAAAAGGAUGAUCCGGGCAUGUAUCAGUGCUUUGUGUCCAACGAAUGGGAGCAAAUCCAAUCGACAGCUGAGCUUCAACUGGGCGAUGCUUCGCCGGAACUGCUUUAUUGGUUUUCGGAGCAAACACUGCAGCCGGGUCCAACGGUAUCAUUGAAAUGCGUUGCCACCGGAAAUCCACUGCCGCAAUUUACAUGGUCUUUGGACGGAUUUCCGAUACCAGACAGCUCUCGCUUUUUAGUGGGUCAAUAUGUUACCAUACACGACGAUGUCAUCAGCCAUGUAAAUAUCUCAAAUGUCAAGGAGGAGGAUGGCGGCGAGUACUCCUGCACGGCGCAGAACGCGAUUGGCAAGGUCUCGCAUAGCGCCAAAGUGAACAUCUAUGGACUGCCUUACAUACGGGAAAUGCCAAAAAUAACGGGAAUCUCUGGCUCUGAUUUGAUUGUUAAAUGUCCUGUGGCUGGUUAUCCCAUCGAUAAAAUACACUGGGAGCGCGAUGGCCAAACCCUGCCCAUAAAUCGACGACAACGAGCCUAUAACAAUGGCACCUUAAUUAUUGAGCAGCUGCAGCGACUGGAGGAUGCCGGCACGUACACGUGCAUGGCACAAAACAAGCAGAAGCAGACAUCCAGGCGCAACGUCGAGAUCCAAGUGUUGGUGCCGCCAAAAAUCAUGCCCAUUCAGGCCAUGACGAAUAUGCUGCGCGAGGGCAUGCGGGCGGCCAUAUCCUGCCAGAUACUGGAGGGCGAUUUGCCGGUCAGCUUUCGAUGGGAGCGCAAUGGCAAGCCGCUUAUAGGCACAGGCAAUGAGGUGUUUCGCCGCCUGGACGAGUACUCGGCCAGUCUGGUCAUCGAGCACAUUGCCUCGGAUCAUUCGGGCAACUAUACGUGCAUAGCCAGCAAUGUGGCGGGCACGGAGAGAUUUACGGUGCCGCUGACAGUGAAUGUGCCGCCCAAAUGGAUACUGGAGCCGAAGGAUUCGAGCGCACAGUCUGGCACAGAUGUGCUCGUGCACUGUCAGUCCGCGGGCUAUCCCAAGCCGACAAUAACAUGGAAGAAGGCCAUCGGGCCGACGCCCGGGGAGUACAAGGAUUUCCUGUACGAGCCGAGCGUGCAGCUGUUUCCCAAUGGCACCAUCUACUUCAAGAAGAUCAGCAAGGAGUCGCAGGGACACUUUCUCUGCGAGGCCAAGAACAACAUUGGCUCCGGCGUCAGCAAGGUGAUUUUCCUGAAAGUCAACGUGCCCGCCCAUUUUCCAACGAAAACGAAACAAAUCUCCGUGGCCAAGGGCAAACAGGUGCAUGUGCAGUGCAAUGUGCAGGGCGACAAUCCAAUUGACUUCAAAUGGAAAAUCCAGGCAACGCAACAGUAUCUUGACGAGUCGCUCGAUUCACGCUACACAAUAAGAGAUCAAGUGCUCGACGACGGCAUGGUCUCCGAAUUGGGCAUUUCGCACACAUAUCGCCAGGAUACAGGCAUUUAUAUCUGUCAUGCCAACAAUGCAUUUGGACAGGACGAGAUGUCCAUACAGCUAAUCGUGCAGGAGGUGCCGGAACAGCCGAAGAAUCUGCGCAUCAAUUCGCAGCAGUCGCGCAGCCUGCAGCUGACCUGGAGCCAGCCCUUUGCCGGCAACAGUCCCAUCGAGCAGUAUCACGUCUACUACAAGCAAAUCUCAGACAUCUGGCAGAAUGCGGAGCACAUUGAUAUAGGCGGGGCUCUGACUGUGGUCAACAUACAGCAGCUGCGUCCGGCGAAGGCCUAUCACAUACGCAUGUCGGCGGAGAAUAAGCUGGGCGCCUCCGAAUACUCGGAGGUGGUGCAGGUAACCACGCUGGAGGAGGUGCCCUCCGGUCCGCCGUUGCAGGUGCGCGCCGAGGCGAAGAGCUCUACGGAAAUAUCUGUCACCUGGGAUGCACCGGAACGUGACCAUUGGAAUGGCAUACUGCUGGGCUACUAUGUCGGCUAUCAGAUGUCGCUGACGCCCGAGGACAAGGAGGUGAAUCCCACGCAGGGCUUCAGCUUCAAGACUGUCGAGGUGCGCUCCCAUUUCGGUGGCGAGACGGUGCUCACAAAUCUCAACAAGUUCACCCAAUACCAUGUGAUUGUCCAGGCCUACACCAGCCAGGGCAGCGGCCCGCCCAGCAAGGAAAUUGCUGUCCAAACAAUGGAGGACGUGCCCUCAUCCCCGCCAGAGUCGCCGCAAUGCGAUGUGCUUGGCUCCACAUCGAUUUAUAUCACCUGGUCACCGCCGGAUAUUGACGGACAAAAUGGCAAAAUCAAGGGCUACAAAGUGUUUUACAUAUCGGUCGAUGAGCUUUACGAAACGGAGCCGGAGGUUGUCAAGUCAACAAAUCAAUACGUCACCAUUGAGAAUCUGCGCAAAUAUACAAACUACACGGUUUGGGUUUUGGCUUACACCAAAGUGGGCGAUGGCAUGAAAACCAAACCAUUUUAUUGCCGCACCCAUGAGGAUGUGCCCUCGGCGCCGCAGGCAAUCAAGGCGAUACCCGCGUCGAGCACCAAAAUCAUAAUCUCCUGGCUGCCGCCCGACCUGCCCAACGGUGACAUCACCGGCUACACGUUCUACAUGUCCAUGCUGGAGGGUGGGCGCGAGGAGGGCACGCACAAGCGUCUGCUGGGUCCGUAUGUGGAAAUGCACGAGACGGUGCGCACCCAGGAGUCGGCCACGUAUCAAUUCUGGCUGACUGCAUCCACCAAGAUGGGCGAGGGCGAGAAGACGCAGGUGGUGACGGUGCCGCCGAACAACAAGGUGCCCGCACGCAUUGUCUCCUUCAGUCAACGCAUCGUGACGCCCUGGAAGGAGCAUCUGGAGCUGCCCUGUCGCAAGGUGGGCGCCCCGGCGCCGGUUACCAUCUGGCGCCAGGACGGGCACAACAUGGAGACGAGCGCCCGCAAGACGAUCGCCAAGAACGGCACGCUCUAUAUGCGCGAGUGCCAGGCCAGCGAUGCCGGCAACUAUACGUGCAGCGUGGAGAAUACCUGGGGCAAGGAUGAGAUCGUCUACAAUAUUGUGGUCAAGGUGCCGCCCGAGGCGCCCAAUCUGACCGUGGUCAGCAGCUACACGGACAGCCUGCAUCUGGAGUGGCUGGACAAUAGCCAUGGCGGCAGUCCCAUCUUGGGCUAUGUCAUCAACUACAAGCGCGACAAUGGCGACUGGGAGGAGCUGCAGGUCGACGCCAAGACCAAUUCGCAUCUGCUCAGCAAUCUCUGGUGCGGCACACGCUAUCAGCUCUAUAUAACUGCCUACAACAAGAUCGGCACCGGGCUGCCCUGCGACAUUGUCAACUCCUACACGAAAGGCAAUUCCCCCGUCCAGCCGAAGCACUCGCAAAUGAUUACGAACAACUCGACGAGCGUCACCUGCUGGCUGGACUCCUGGGGCGAUGGCGGCUGCGGCAUACUCUACUUCAUGAUCGAGUCCCGAGUUUAUGGCCGUUCCACCUGGAAUGUCGUCUCGAAUCAUAUUCCGCCCACCGAACGCAUUUACACGGUCAGCGACCUGGUGCCGGGCACCAAAUAUCAACUCAAGGUCACGGCCCACAACAACGCCGGCUCCACCACGGCCGUCUACAAUUUUACCACGCUGUCCCCGCAGGGCGUGCUCUAUAAUAACGAUCACUCCCCGCCCGUCUCCCAUCUGAGCGAUCUGCCUUUCUAUGCGAAUUUCAAACUGUUGCUGCCCAUUUGCAUCUCGCUGCUGAUGCUGCUGGCGCUGGUUGCCGCCGCCCUAUUUCUGCGCAAGCGGAUUCUGUCGCCCACAGAGCUCACAAAUCAGGCGCGCCUGGCCAGCUCCUCGAUGUCGGAGUCGCCCUCCUUGGCCAAUCUGCAGAACAAACAGAAUCGCGAUCAACAAUAUUUGGCCGUGCGCUGUAAUCCCACCAAUUCAGCGCCGCGUGGCUCCAAUUCCAAUGAUUCCGGCAGCUUUGGCAAGGCCGAGGGCAAUGAGUAUAUCGAGGAUAUUUGCCCCUACGCCACAUUCCAGCUGAACAAACAAACCUACAGCGAGAGCUCCUACAGCGGCAACGUAUACAGCGGUCCCUAUCACUCGGUGCGCGGCUCCUUUGUCUAUCACGAUGUCAAGCCAGAGAGCUAUCAUUCCAAGGAGCCGGAGUAUACGAAGGUGCGCCGAAAAGUGGGCCGCCUACGCGAUCCGCACUCCGAGAGCCAAGAAUCGGACAAUCCAGGUUCAACAGAUUCCGAAGUUAGGAAAAUCCUAACGCUUCACAUACCAAUUACAGAAUAUGACACACUCGGCUCCGAGUCCGACAAUGAUGUGUCCGCGCGCGCUCUUAACUCGGCCAAAUAUCGCGCACAACGCGACACUCAAGAUGAGACCUCGUCGUCAUCGGAAACGACGCCCACCAGCAUGACCCGCAAAUCGAAGCCUCCAUUUGCGGCACGCAAGUCGGGCAAGCCGGGCACCAGCGGCAAGCGGCAUGUGCGCAGCUCCAGCGGCUAUUCGAGCCACAAUGAGGAGACAACAUUUAGAACCCUGUACGUUUAGCAUAUCCAAUUAUCCACCAAACUAUCAGGACCACAUUAAUCCACCGGCGCGCUUCUCGGAUGCCAACGACAAGACAAAGACCCAGACGUCGCCACGUAUGCGUGGCAAUCAGAAACUGCAGCGGGAGGCAUUCCAGAUCAAUGUCUAAAGCAUAUAUACUACAAAUAUUACAGCAAAAUACAUUUUAAAAUUAA